AUGCAAAACUGCAGCCUUACACUCACUUCUUGCCAGUACAAUAUUCCAUUCAGCCACUACACUACUCCAUUCCUACUCAUACACUUGUCUUGCAUAUCCAUUCUAUAAGGAAUAACUGGUACUUAGCUAAAUGAAUCAUCUGAAAAGCUGAAACAUUUUAACAACACAAAGGAUUCACAGCCAAGAAAGACUCGUAAGAGACCAUACUCCUACCAUGCAAGGGGAUUGCCAUCUUGGGUGCUGCAACUUCAUUUCAGUAUGGAUUCAUCAGUUGAUUCUUAAUAAUGUUUCAGAGCUGAAGAUCCUAGUUAGCAUUUCUGGUCCUCUGGUUCUAACAUAUCUUUUAGAUGUGGCACCUAUACUAAUAACAACUGUUUUCUGUGGACACCUGGGAAAGUCAGAGCUCGAUGCAUUUGCACUUGGCAAUUCUAUUGUAAUAUUGGCUGGUCAGUCCAUAGGACUGGGUAUAUGCUCCGCUUGUGACACUUUCUUCUCCCAGAUUUAUGGAGGGAAAAACCUGAAACUGAUCGGUGUGGUCUUACAAAGAGGGAUCCUUAUCCUGUCUCUUUCCUGCUUUCCCUGUUGGGCAUUCUUUGUCAACACGAAAAACAUUUUAUUACUUCUUGGGCAAGAUCCAUCAGUGGCAAGGUUGGCUGAAUUAUAUGUCUUGACUUGUAUCCCAGCUCUUGUAGGAAUUAAUUUUUUUAAUCUCGAAAUUCGGUACCUGCAAAACCAGGGGAUUAUUUGGCCACAAGUUGUUGUGAGUUUUUUGGCAUGUAUAAUUAAUGGUAUAUUGAAUUACGUCUUGCUGUUUGUACUGAAAAUUGGAGUCAUUGGUGCUGCGAUUGCCGUGACAGUUUCUAUCGUAUCUAAAGUGAUCAUUUUGUUUUUUUAUAUAUGGAUCAGAAAAAUUCAUGUGGAUACAUGGCCAGGCUGGACAAAAGAAUGCCUAAAAGACUGGGGCAGUUUCUUUGCCCUUGCACUCCCUACCAUGAUUAUGUUAAGUCUGAAGUGGUGGACCUUUGAAAUUGCAAUCAUUUUAUCAGGCCUCAUUAACUUAGUAGAACUUGGAGGACAAUCAAUUAUGCACCAAAUCAUGAACCUUCUCAACAAGAUUUCACUGGCACUAAGCCUGGCUUCCUGUAUUAGAGUGGGUACAUAUUUGGGAGCUGGAGAAACAGAGCAAGCCAAAAGAUCUGCUAGGCUUAGCUUUGUCAUAUCAGCCUUUCCAGUUUUUUUAGGCGUCGGCUUGCUUAUUGGUUUAAGGCGGGAAAUUGCUAGUAUUUUCACCAAUGACAGCUCUAUACUCUUCCUGGUCUCUGACAUAAUGCCACUGUGUGCUGUUUUCCAAAUUGUAGGCUCUGCUUGUAAUCUUUUCUAUGGGAUUCUCAGAGGGAUUGGAAUGCAGAAAGUGGGAGCUUUUGUUACUGUUGGUGGCUAUCUCCUCAUAGUAUUCCCAAUGGCUGUUCCACUCAUGUUUCCAGCAAAGCUUGGAGUUAAAGGAUUUUGGACUGGAAUAAAUGCUGGACUUGCUGUCAUGGACAUUGUUUUUGUUAUUUAUUUAUGGAAAGCAAACUGGAAGCUGAUAACAGAAAAGGCUCUGGAACGAGCAGGACUGAAAGAGUUAAAAGAGAAAGGCCCUACUGCUCUAGAGGCAAAUGGCAUUGCUUCCUCUGAUCACUUUGAACUGAAUAAUUAUGAUACAAUGAACUCUGCCUUCAUAGGGGAACAGCAUCUAGAAGGACUUUUUAAACAUGAAGAAAAGCAGUCAAUGAAAAAGCUGAUGAUACGGCGAACGUUUGAAGCACUUGCUAUUGUUUCUGUUUUAGGAAUUGGACUAAUUAUUCGAUUUACUAUAAACAACUAGUUUCCCCUCCCCAAAAAAUGCAAGAAUAUUUAGCUAAUUUAAGAAAUAUUAAGUCAUUUACACAAAAUGACUGACAGAACCAAACAGAUGAUGAACUGCCUUGUAUGCAUUAUUUUAUAUGAUGUUCUGAUAUAGAUGGAAGUGCAAGUCACUUUGGUCAUUUUUAAUUCACAGAGGAAAGGGACAAAUAUGAACCUCUAAAAAAAUGGCAUUUUGUAGCAAUUUCAACCUAGGGUAAAAUCAUUUUUUGUUAUUUAUAUUUGUAAUUGUCUUUUUAUUGAAUUCGGAAAUGGCCCACCUGUUGCAUUUAACAUUCUGCUUUGCAUUGUUGUACAUUUCCAAUACAGUAUAUUCCAGUUGCCAUUUC